CUGCCCACACGAAUGCUUUGCACACUUAAAUUCCUUCUCCGUUUCCCCGUGGGAGGGAGAAAGGAAUCGUUUUGAAGGGAUGGGACAGAAAAACCCUGAGUGUUGUCUCCAAACCCUUCUUGUUGCCAAACUGAUGUCUCAGGUCGACCACCUCUUUUUGUUCCCCUGAGGGGGGGCCGACCGGUGUUUCGCUGCUGCGGCUGCGAACGAUUGUUUCGGUUUCCCGAAACCAGACUUUGACUGAGGGCCCGCGCUUCCCGGCUGUUGUGGCGGAGCAGGACGGGAAGGUUGAUAAUCCGAAUGACCUCCUCUACCUGAAGGCCUGAAAUUCGGACGGCUUGGGUGAUAAGGACGAGCUGUCGGCUUUCUGGGGAGACAGACCUCGAAUGCUUCUCCCUCUUUUUUCCGCAGGCCACAUUGCUGACGCAUAGCUGUUACCGUCGCGCCGAACAUGGCCUUUGGAUCGAUAGGGGCAUCCAAAAACUCCACUUUUUCUUUGUCAGAGAGGCCUGACAAACCCAGCCAUAGCGAUCUCUCUCCCACAACCGCUAAGCCCAUACUCCGACCGCAGCUUUGAACUGCUCCGCGGGACGUGCGCAGGUUUAAAUCUGCAAUGACGCAUAUCUCCUCCCAGAGCGCUGGGUUGGGAGAACCGGAGUCCAGCUGACGCCCCAUCUCCUUUAAUAACUCCGCUUGAUAGGCUUAAGGAGGGACGUCGCGUUCAAAGCACGUACGGCCAGUGCAGAAGAUUUAUAAAUCUUUUGAAAAACGGAGGCGGCGAAGCGCUCUGUUUUCCCUGGCAAAGAGGCCCCAAUUGAAGAGAGCGCUGCUCUGUGGCUCGGAUUCAAAUGAUUCGCCACAGAUGAUUCUACAGGGGGAGGAUCUGCCAUCCCCAGAUCCUCCAUUCCCUGGACAUCUAGCCUCGAGAAGCCCUUAACAGGUACUCGGUGGGAAAAAGGCUUAUCCCAAAACCUCUUCAUUUCAGCCACACAAGCCAGGACGGCUGGAAUAAACUGCCUCGCUGGAGGGAGAUGUGACGGAAGUCUCUUUCCGUCAUACAAGUCUCUUUCAGCUCCUUUAUCUGCUGGUUGGGAUGGCCAGUCGAUCGACAGUCUAGCUGCGGCCCUGCGACAGACCUCGAGAAGAUCUGUAUCCAUCUGCACAGGGGAGGGUGAGCUCUCAUCCUGUGCACUCGGCGGACGCGACUGCAUCGGGGGAAGAAUAGCAUCUUCAUCGUCGUCAUCCUCGUCCUCGAGGAUGGUCGACAACACUUCGUCAUCGUCAUCUUCCUCUCCCGCUAACGGAUUUUCAAACAGCGGGGGAAGGACGGGUGACACCUUCUCCAUCAUCUCACCCCAGGAGCUGGAGGCCUGUGGACAAUCCAUCGGUUCCUCUCUGGGUUGAGCAGAGAGGCAUGGGUCCGACUUCCCAGCUACUGCAAUGCGAAGCCUUCGCUCUCGGGUUUUGACCGAGAACGUCGCGCAGUGGGGACAGCCCUCGGGGUUGGACAACGCUGCCUGAGCGUGUUUAGCACCCAAGCAGAAGAUGCAGAGACCGUGUGAAUCUUUCGCAGAAAUCCACAUUCCGCACGCACACAGAUGAGGAGGAUGGCCCCUUUCCUCCGGGGCUCUCCGGCUCUUUUGCAGUGGCCAUGAAGCUGCACUCUCUUCGUACGAGCCCUGUGAAUGUCGGCUCCUGGCUAGACGGGCAGAGCUGUUUAUGGAAAUGAAAAAUUUCGGUCAAGCCAUCAAGGAUGCGGACACCAUGUGCCGACUCCGUCCCCUGUGGCCAAAGGCUCACUACAUUAAGGCUGCAGCAUUCAGGAGUGCUGGCCGCAAUGAAGAGGCUCUACAAGAGUAUUUCUGCUGUUUGGCUCUUAAAUCUGAUUGGAUUGCCGUAAAACUGGAGGCCCAAAAGAUCCUGAGUCACAUGGUCUCUUCAGUCUUUGUGACUGAUGGUCUGGCCACGUCCAUGCAGCCCCUUCCAGCUGGACCCUCCUCUCGUAUCAAACCUUCAUUCCUCCUCAGCUCACUUCACUCCUCUCUUCCUAGAGAUCGAGCCAAAGAAGGCUGCUCCAAGGAACCAACACUCAGUUGCAGCAAGUUCAAAGAUGGGAACUCUUCUAUUUUACCAAGAUCUGAAAACAUGAACUCUGGACUCUCUUCACCUUUUGUUCAACCAGUCCUAAAAAGGAAAUGGACAGAAGAUGCUAAGGGCUUUGAGCCACCCAACAAACAGCUUAAAGAAGAUAAUGCAUCUUCAUGUAAAACUCUCCCUACUUUUUCUGGGGCGAGGCAAGUCCCAUCACAGCUUUUGGACAGUGCAGACUUUGAAUGUUCCCUCUGCAUGAGACUGUUUUAUGAGCCUGUCACCACACCCUGUGGACACACGUUCUGUCUCAAAUGUUUGGAACGCUGCUUGGACCACAACCCUAACUGUCCCCUGUGCAAGGAGAACCUCUCUGAGUAUCUGGCCACUAGAGCGUACAACAAAACUCUUCUAAUGGAAGAAUUAUUGCAACGUUAUUUUUGUGAUGAGCUAGCAGAAAGGCGAAAAGUACAUGAAGAAGAGAUGACAGAAUUGUCAAACUUGAACCUGGAAGUGCCCAUCUUUGUUUGCACUAUGGCAUUUCCUACCAUUCCCUGCCCACUGCAUGUUUUUGAGCCUCGAUACAGGCUUAUGAUUCGCAGAUCUAUGGAAACGGGAACGAAACAGUUUGGCAUGUGCAUUGCUGAUGAACUGAAAGGGUUUGCAGACCAUGGCUGUAUGCUGGAGGUGAGGGAUGUCAAGUUUUUUCCUGAUGGGCGCUCUGUAGUGGACACCAUAGGCAUUGCUCGUUUCAAAGUGCUCUGUCACGGCCAGAGAGAUGGAUACCACACAGCCCAGAUUGAAUAUUUGGAGGAUAAGAAGGUUGAAGGAGAGGAGUUGACGGAGCUUGUGAAGUUGCAUGACUCUGUGUAUGAUCAGGCCUUGGGCUGGUUCACCUCCCUUAAAGAUGAUAUGAAGAACCAAAUCAUCAGCCACUUUGGGCAUCUUCCUGUCAAAGAAUCUGACCCACAGGGUAAUCUCAAUGGCCCUGCAUGGUGUUGGUGGCUGUUGGCUGUCUUGCCGUUGGAAAACAAAGCCCAGCUGACCAUCCUCGCCAUGAACGCUCUGAAGGAUCGGCUGGUCGCCAUCCGCAGGGUCCUCAUUUUUGUAACUCGCAAGCGGCCUCGAUGAUAAAUGUGUUCUUGGUCUAAAUAUGAUUAUCAAAAUUAACCUAUAGUUUGGGAAUGCUGGUUCAGGCUGGGGUUUCUUCCAGUGGCUAUCUUGGUCAUUCAUUGCAGAAUGCAACCCUCACCAAUUAGUCACCUGGGACAUUGUUUGAUAAAAAAAUUUGCAUCUUAAUAUGUUAAUUUAGGCUCAUCAGUUAGCAGUGGUGAUUUAAGUUGUAGUCAUGCUAUGAGAGAGAUCAUUAUCGAUGGCCUACAUUAGGAAGUUCUCAUUUAGUUCAGGUGCAGUCAAAUCGUUUACCAGUUUAACAGUAGCAACAAACAUAAAGACAGUGGGAACUUUGUUUUUUUCUUAAGCACCUUCGGUCCUUUGAAAAUACCACCUCGGUUUUGUGACUAGAUGGUGUGUAAGACUGACCAAAUGCUUCCCAUUGGCUUGCAAAUAUCAAUACGGGCCUUAUUGUGUGUUAGUUAAAAAAAAUCCAUGUGCUUCAGUUUGGAAAUAAACACUCACCUUAUUUCCAUAUUGUAAAAGAUGAUUAAAGGAAAACUUAUUUAAUAUUA